AUGGAACUUUGUGGCUGCCUUUUUAUUUUAGUAUUACGCGGUGCCUUCUUUCCAAGGUAUGGCGUAUCUUCGCUAUUAGGGAUUGCAGUCUUAUCAGAGGGGUUCUCGGCGUGCCAUGCGUGUUAUCAGUUUCUGACUGGGGUGCCACUGGUGGGGUUAGGAUUCGGGGAGAUCUUAGAGGUGGUGAAACUGCUCAGAGAAACCCUGGUUCAUACCUUUAGUGGGUUCAGACUGGAAUUUACGUCCAGGGACGGGGGAGGAGCGCCACUAAGCAGACUCCUGCUCCAAGUGCUGGGUCUACUUGUUGCUUUGAACGAAGAAAAGGGGCAAUUGAACAUUGGAAUUCCCCUUCGACGUUGGGGAAACCGGCUCACAGUAGCUCUGGGUCGGUUACAGAAAGAAGGGCUGGAAUUCAAUCUGACCAACGGCGCUUCGAUUACUAAGGGUAAGGGAGCGCAUCAGGCUCUACUUAUUCUACGCCUUACAGGCUGA